CCCACCGUAUGGGCGUGCUGCUGGUUCCCGUGGCUCACGUCUUGGUUUGUUUACAUUCGCGCGGGUGCACGAUACCUAGACUUCACGCGGUUCGAGGAAAACUAUGAGACCGGCGUCGGCUGGCGAACGUCGCGUGGUGAAGAACAGGUGAACCCCAUGCCGGGAAGUGCCAAAAUGAACUACAGAAACAGGAGGUUGUUGCAGACCGUCUCGUGCGCGGUCCUGAUCGCGUACACCAUGCUGCUGGUGUAUCAGACUCUUUCACGUGGUGGUCCGGAGGUGGCAGCUGGUGACAAAUUAAGCGCGAAGGCUUACCACCGCGACAGGAACUUGGCCGAAGAUCGGUCGACGAACGAAAUUGAGAUUCCUCAGGAAGGUUUCACCACCGAGAUGGCCUCCGCCACCGCCACCAUCAAACCGCCCACGACUACCCUCGAUGAUGUUUUUAUUAGCGUGAAAACUACUAAGAACUAUCACAGUAAGAGGCUGCCCGUCAUUCUGAAGACCUGGUUCCAGCUCGCGAAGAAACAGACAUGGUUUUUUACCGACACGGAUGAUCCAGAGUAUCAAAUGAGGACUAAUGGUCACAUGAUCAACACUAACUGUUCCUCUUCUCACAACAGAAAGGCCCUGUGCUGUAAAAUGUCUGCCGAGUUCGACAAGUUUCUAGAGAGCGAGAAAAAAUGGUUUUGUCACUUCGACGACGACAACUACGUUAAUGUGCCGCGGCUAGUCCGAUUUUUGGGAGAUUACAACCCCCGGGAUGAUUGGUAUUUGGGGAAACCGAGCAUACAAGCUCCUCUGGAGAUUAUUAAGAAGGAGAAGAAAGUAUUGAAAAAAAUCAAGUUCUGGUUCGCCACGGGAGGUGCCGGAUUCUGCCUCAGCCGGGCAUUGGCUUUAAGGAUGACGCCGGUGGCCAGCGGAGGCAGGUUCGUCAGCACAGGUGAAAGAAUCCGCCUACCAGAUGACGUAACAAUGGGCUACAUUAUCGAGCACCUACUGAAGCAGCCGCUCACGGUCGUCGAUCAGUUCCACUCUCACUUGGAGCCCAUGAAGUUUAUCAGGCGGGACAUGAUUGAGGACCAGAUCUCCUUUAGCUAUGCCCGGAGCAAAGACGAGUGGAAUGUAGUAAAAAUUGAAGGAUUUGACGAGGAGCAGGAUCAGAACAGGUUCCUGUCUCUGCAUUGUUUCUUGUUCCCUUACUUCAGCUUUUGUCCACGCCGUAGGUGAGGAACACAAAAAGCACGGUAAAAUUAUAGGAAUUUAACUUAAUAAAAAACCCUAUCAUUAUGUUCAACAAUGUGUUGUGAAAUCCGUGUGUCGGUUUUACACGAAUGACUGUAUGGAGUUAUUAUGUAAUUUUUACAUGUAGAUUUAGACCAAUUAUCUGUGAUGUUGUAUAUAUUUUUGGUAUACCAAUGUAGUUACGUAAUGUUAUUGAUUUUUUUUAAACAAAUUAUAUAAAAAGUGACAAUUGUGACUAGUCGAUUUUUAAAAUGAUUCGAGGCACCUUUAUAAAAUAUAUAUGAAAAACAGUGCAAUUAUUCUUUAACACUUUUUUUACAUUAGCAAUAUAAAUUCUUAUGUUUUGUUGUCUUUAAUAUUACCGCAAACCAAAACGGCUUUAAAAGUUUAUUGAAUGUAAUAUAACUGUUGUAUUUUAUUUAUGUAUUUCUUUUUUCUACCAACCAAGAAUAACAACAUAUUUUGUAUAUUUAAUUUUGUUAUUUUUAAAUGCUUUUAUUUAGUUUGUGAUAUAAAUACUUUAGGCGUUUAUUUUGCACAUAAACAGGAAAUAUUCACUUUAAUCUAAGAAAUGAACUGUCAAAUUGCUUUUCUCUUGUUAAUUUUUGUAUUUUUAUAUCCUUAUAUAUGCCUAAAAUCUAAACUGUACUGAAUUAGUGUAAUAUUGUAAUGUAUCAAACAUAUUAAAAGAAAAUGUGCUAACGAAUUAUUCGUUUUAUGUGGCAGAUGGACUACUAGCUUGUAAGGGUGCAAUGUUUAUACCUAAAAUUAUUUUAAAUUAUAUAUUUGCUCAACACAAAAAUAAUUUUUAUGGAUUAUAUAACGCAAAUUGUAUAUAAUA